CGCAUCAACGUAUCAACGAGCAUCAAGGCUGAAAGGCACCGGUAAUACACGUGUGCAACAUUACGGGUCGUUAUCGAGAAAAUAGUCUCCGGAUCUAGGAAUCUAGGAUUACCAAGAUGUUGCUCGGUGUUGCUUGGGGAUUAUGAUUUCAUGUUGCCGGUCAUCAUACCGCAGAAGUGACAUCAGUAUGCGAGGUAACAAGCUACAAAUUGCCCUAUACUUUGUAUACUUUUUGUUAUCUCGCUCGCCUAUUUGAUGAUUGACCGGGUUAGUCACCUCUCUACACUGCCGUGCCGACUUCCCCCCACCUGAAAAUAGCCUUGGUGCGUGGUGGGGUCAAAGAGUUUGGUGCUAAAACUCCGCAAACCGAGCAACCAAGGAAAGUAAGGCCUGGAUCAAUUCAUUUAUAAAGUUGAUAACUCAAGGCUUCUCUUUUUUUUCAUGUCCCAGAUUCUCCAAAGCCUUUAAUUAUUUCUACCACCUCUAUCGUAUUUCUUAACAUCAUGGCUGAUACCGUUGGCAAGACCAUCAAGUGCAAGGCUGCUGUUGCCUGGGAAGCUGGAAAGCCCCUAAGCAUUGAGGAGGUCGAGGUCGCUCCCCCGAAAGCCCACGAAGUCCGAAUCCAGAUCUACUACACUGGUGUCUGCCACACAGAUGCCUAUACGUUAUCGGGAAAGGACCCAGAAGGCGCAUUCCCCGUCGUCCUAGGACACGAGGGAGCUGGUCUUGUUGAGUCUGUCGGCGAGGGAGUCACCAACGUGAAGCCUGGUGACCAUGUUGUUGCGCUUUACACUCCCGAGUGUAAGGAAUGCAAAUUCUGCAUAUCUGGCAAGACCAAUCUUUGCGGAAAGAUUCGUUCGACCCAAGGUCGAGGUGUCCUGCCAGAUGGCACCUCCCGAUUCACCUGCAAGGGACAGAGCCUCCUCCACUUCAUGGGAACAUCGACCUUCUCCCAGUACACCGUCGUAGCCGAUAUCUCCGUUGUCGCAGUUCAACCAGACGCUCCUAUGGAUCGAACCUGCUUGCUAGGCUGCGGUAUCACCACCGGUUACGGUGCUGCGCGAAUUACCGCCAACGUUGAGGAAGGUUCCAACAUUGCCGUCUUCGGUGCUGGUUGCGUCGGUCUUUCAGUCGUACAAGGUGCAGUUACACAGAAGGCUGGCAAGAUCAUCGUCGUCGAUGUAAACCCAACUAAGGAAGAAUGGGCUAAGAAAUUCGGUGCUACCGACUUUGUUAACCCUACUAAGCUGGAUGGACAGACAAUUCAAGAAAAGCUUAUCGAAAUGACCGAUGGCGGUUGCGACUACACUUUUGACUGCACAGGUAACGUUGGUGUCAUGCGAGCGGCCCUAGAAGCUUGUCAUAAGGGUUGGGGUCAGAGCAUUAUCAUUGGUGUAGCUGCUGCGGGUCAAGAAAUCUCAACUCGACCAUUCCAAUUGGUUACUGGUCGUGUCUGGAAGGGCUGCGCUUUCGGUGGUGUCAAGGGUCGAACUCAACUACCCGGCCUCGUUAGCGAUUAUCUCCAGGGUAAGCUAAAGGUUGACGAAUUCAUCACCCACCGCGAAGACUUGGACCGCAUUAAUACCGCUUUUGAGACGAUGAAGGCGGGAGAUUGCAUUCGCUGCGUUGUGACCAUGACAAACUAAAAAGUCAAAAAGGAAAAAAAGUUAUCGAGUCAAGUGUUUUUUAAUCUGUAAAGCAGAAAUGGAAUUCAUAUGAAUUGGGCUUCACGAGUCAUGGAAGCAAACCGCAAAUUGUAAUUUCAAUCUCCAACUAAGCAUUUGCCUGUUGACGUUGUAUAUCCUGUCAUAAUCGGUCUCAGGUUUUACUACGAAAACUGCGGCGGUGUGAUUAGCGAUAAUUGCCUUGGUGAUGCAU